AUGCUUUUGAACAUUCUAAUCGCCUCGUGCCUCGUCACGCUCGCCUCGUGCCUCAAGAACAUCAACAUCUGUCUGCCACCGGCACAAUUCCAUCCCGAUGAAUCGGACACCCACGACAGCUUUUGCAUCUUCUCGCUGUAUGAUUAUCCUCUCGGUACGACUCCUAACAACGAACCUUGGAACAAAUGCGGACAGUAUCAGUACGUUUGCCUGGACGGCACCGUGCAGAGUAAGGAACAGCCCAACAACGGCGGUCGUUACACACUCCAAGACUCGGCAGGAUACUCUAUGCAUUGUAUUCGGGCUGACACAUGCUGA